AUGACUAUCCUCCUAGAAGAAUGGGGUCCACUGAGGGAGUAUGGGGAUGCGUAUAACUCCACAGCUGGACUAAUUGCUCUCCUAUAUCAGGCUGCAGGACUAACAGGAUUUCAGAAGAAAAAGGAAAGCCUCCAGGAUGCUGUAGCAGUAGCCUGGCCAUUCUUGGAGGCUGUGUGUGCAGCUACAGAAAAGGCCUUAAUGGUCGAUGUGGCAGUCUGCCGCUUAGAAGAAGAACUGAAGGUGUGCUUGCAGCGGGGAGGUGCCGAAGGGGGCGCCCAGGUCCCAGGACCAUGGCCCUCACUGCUGCUUGGUCCUUGCAAAUGCCUUCUGCCCGGGAGGCGACCCGCGGCCGGCGCGUUGAGUGCCAACGAGGACCAAGAGGUGGAACUAGAAGUGUUACCUUCAAUUUAUGAGGGAGAUGAAAGUUUCCAGAAAUUAAGCCCAGUUUCAUUUCAAUAUAAGAUAGGUGAAUAUGGUGAUCCCAAAGCCUUCUUAAUAGAGAUUUCCUGGACAGAAACAUAUCCCCAAACAUCUCCAAUUACAUCUAUGAAUGCUUUUUUUAACAACACCAUAUCAUCAGCUGUAAAGCAGAAUAUAUUAGCCAAAUUACAGGAAGCAGUUGAAGUUAAUCUUGGAAUUGCUAUGACAUACACAUUGUUUGAAUAUGCCAAAGACAAUAAAGAACAAUUCAUGGAGAACCACCAUCCCAUUAAUUCUACGACUUCCAUAAGUAAUAUCAUCUCUGUUGAAACUCCUAAUACAGCCCCAUCAAGUAAGAAAAAAGACAAAAAAGAACAACUUUCAAAAGCCCAGAAACAUAAGCUGGCAGAUAAAACAGAUCACAAAGGGGAACUUCCUCGAGAAUGGAACUGGGCUGAUGUGGUUAAGCAUUUAAGCAAAACUGGUUCUAAAGAUGGUGAAUAG